CCGGACCGCCGCUGCGCCGCCGGGACGAGCCGAUACCCUCAGUAGCUGCGGCCUCUCUAUGGCCCAAGCUGCUGUGGCUCGGCAACACGCCCUCUCUAUGGUCCCGGGGGCGGGAUGUGGCGGCUGCUGCUGGGCCGCGGCCUGAGCCGCUGCUGGCCGCCCCCCGCCCGCCCUGCCUGCGCCGCGCCCCCUCCCGACGGCCCCGGCCCGGGCACCGAGCGGGCGCCCGGCUGUGAGGAUGGACGGCCCCAGGAUGGCCGGGAGCGAGGAGGAAGGCGGCAGACCCUGCCCGGCCUGGUGCCCCGCUACUCCGUGCUGGAGGCAGUCACCUGGGGGGCACUGGGUGCGCUGCUCCUGCAGCUGCUCAGGCAGAUCGCCUGGCUCAGGUCCCUGCCGGACGCCAGGAGAGAGCACAGGGCUCUGCGGCUCUCCUCGCUGACCUCGCAACAGACAGUGGUGACUGAAGCCUCAACCAGCUGUUCCACUGAGCAGCUGGGGUCCUGCUUCCUGCAGAAGCCAAGUCCAGAGGUUAUACCAGAGAAUGUGUCCUCAGGCAUCCCUUCAGGGCAAGGAGAGAGCCAGCCCUGGGCUGAAGUAGGAGAGUUCCACAUCCCUGAGAGCUCCACUCUGGGGCCAGUUCUCCACCGUGCAAAGGGUGACCCAGCCCAGCGAGGGCAUUUGGAGGAAGCUGCUUUCCAGUUGCAGCAGGUUUUCCGGAUUGACAUUUCCAUUGCAUUGAAUAUCCUCGGGAUUGAAAGCAUGAGAGCUGGCCAUUCCAGGAUAGCCUAUACCUGCUUCAAACUGGCAGCAGAUCGAGGCUACAGCAAAGCCCAGUUCAAUGUGGGUCUGUGUUACGAGCAUGGCAGAGGCACGGAAAAGGACUUGGAAAAGGCAGCUUUAUAUUACUACCACGCAGCCAGCAGCCGUCACCCCAUGGCACAGUACCGCUACGCAAGAUACCUCUUAUGCCACAGACCUGAAAAUGAGUGGGACAGGCAUCAGAAGGCAGUGACUUUCCUGGAGCAAGCAGCAAUGGCUGGCAUUACAGAGGCACAGGCUUAUCUUGGAGUAUUCUACAUGAGGGGGCUGCAACCUAAGGAAAAGAGAGGUCUAAAGUACCUGCUGCUGGCGGCGAACAACGGUGAUGCCCAGAGCAGGUACCACGUGGGUGUUUGCUAUGAGAAGGGCCUUGGAGUGCAGCAGAACCUGGCGGAAGCAAUGAGACACUACCAGCAGUCAGCUGCUGCAGGGAACAGGAGCGCUCAGGAGAGACUUCGAGUGUUACAAGAGGAGGUGGAAGAUGCGCAAACAAAGCAUCCAUUUUCUUCUGGAAUGAGAGCCUCUUCCUCUAGCCCCAGUUUCUGGGCUAUUGAGCCUGUGCAUGUAGGCCACCACACCACCCAGCCAAGACAAUCUGCCCUAACCCUGCCCCACUCAUGGAGCGCGGACGGACUCCACAUGAUGAUGCUCAGUGGUGCAGGAUGGAGCCGUGCCCUCGGAAACAGGGCAAGGCCACGGGAAUUUCAGUGCUUGGAGCCCCACCACUGCUGUUACUAGUUCAGUAGCCACCAAGCUGCCUACAGAACAGGAGCAUCAUCUUCCAGUCCAAGGCUCUUCCCACGUGCCGACAGCUGCCGCAGAAGCCCUGAGCCUGUUUCAUUGUGGACUUGGACCUUCUGGGACAAAAUCAUUUCAAA